UAUUCUUAAAAACAGAGGCAAUAAACAGAACUCUGCAUUGAUGGCUUCAGCAAACCCCCUGCCAUCAGAUCUUCUGAAAUCCUUGAAGGAGCAACGCAGCCAGCAGAAAAUCAUCAACAGAACUACAAUGAGUCAGGACAUACGCAUAGUUUUGGUCGGCAAAACAGGAGUUGGCAAGAGUGCUACAGGAAAUACCAUUCUUGGUGAGAGGAUAUUUUUGUCAGAACCAAGAGGUACAUCAAUCACUAAAGAGUGUGCAUUUGAAUCUCGGAUGAUAAACAGAAAGCAGAUCUGUGUCGUGGACACUCCUGGUCUACAUGACACAAGUCUGUCCAAUGAAGAAGUCUUAGAUGAGAUUGUGAAUUGCAUCAGACUUGCAGCUCCAGGUCCGCAUGUCUUUCUUCUUGUAAUUGCCAUUGGGCGCUUCACUAAAGAAGACAGAAACAUCGUUGGAUUGAUUCAGACAACCUUUGGCCGAGAAGUGCUCAGACACGUGAUGGUUUUGUUCACCAGGGCAGAUGAUCUUGAAGACAGGACAGUUGAAGAUUACAUCAAGGGAGCACCAGAGCUAAGAUUAGUGAUAGAUUCAUGCAAAGGGAAAUACCAUAUAUUCAACAAUAGAGAGAAGUCUGACCGUACCCAAGUUGAUGAGCUCAUGAGGAAGAUUGAAGCCAUGAUAAAGCAGAAUCAUAACAGCUACUACAACCACCACAUGUUUACAAAGUCAGAUGAACUCAACAGAGCUAGGAGAUCCAAAAAGGAAAAGGAUGCUGACCUGAAGUCAGAAGUCAAAAGUCAGAAGUCAGAAAAAGCUUUAGCGCAGAAGAAACGGACAAAAAGAAAUAAAAUAGCAGCAUUUCGUGAAGGAAUGAAUAAGUCAUCUUGCAGCAUACUAUAGUAUACAUGAGUAUAUGAUGCCAGCAUCUCAUAAAAUGUAUAAACGGGGCAUUACAAAAUACACAAAUCAGAAGAGUAACAUUAUAUUGUGUUAAAUCCCAACAAUUCAUGUUUUUAUUAAUCUUUUUGAUUUAAAAAAAUAUGUAUGUACACUUUUAUUCGUUUAAUUAUCUGCUUGAAGAUACAGAUACAGUAUGUACAGAUAAUCUGCUUUAUCCACUUCGAAUUUGGUUGUGGUUAGAAGUUUACAGACUGUAUUAUUCCUGUAUUGUUCAACAUAUCAGCUACAGACAUUUUAUGUUUGUUUUUCAAAAUUUUUUCUUCCAUUUUUUUAAUCUCCAGUUAAUUUUAACCUUUUAUUUUAUAAGAUUACUAGAUUUCUAUUAUUAUUAUUAUUAUUGUCAUUAUCAUUAUUAUUACUACUACUACUACUACAUUCAUGUGUUUUAUUAAAGUGGCUGAAAAAAGAAUUUUUUUACAGUUGACUCUUUUGUUAAUAUUUUUGCAUAUAGUUAUAGUCUUUCCUGUAACUGCAUCUAUACAUUUGCUGUCCCCCCCCCCCCAUAAAAUAAAAAAAAUAAAAACACAUUAAACUCUUGUUUAAAUUCUAGUCUGAAGAUCAGACUACUGAAGAGAUUAACUUUUUAAAGAAAACCAAACAAAUGAAAUGUUGAUAAAUUGUACUCAAUUAGAAUUAUUUGAAACAAAACAAUCAUUAAAUCUUGAUGCAAUUUCUUUAGAGCAAUCAGUAAACAUUUUGAACCUUGAACCUGGGGACAUAAUACUACUGUAAUCAGAAGUUUACAGUAAGCAUGCAAUAAAUCUGUAUGCAAAACACCACAUUUAUUAAUGUGAAAUUUUAAAUUUAUUAAACACAUAGUAUAAAUCAAUAAAUUCAAUACCACUUACUGCUACUAAUAAUCUUGUUUGUACCUUUUACAACAACCACCAUAAUAAUUCAGGUGGUAAAAGAUAAAACCAUGUGAAAAGAUUAAAAGUUCAUCACAAGUAGCUUUUCCACAAUUUAAAGUAUACAGAUGGCACACAGUCAUUCAUGCAAACACAAAACACCAUCAUUGUAACUCACAACACUUAAAUGCAAUAAAAAUUAAUUAAACAACAGAAGAUGAAACAUACCUAAAUGAUUUUGUGUAUAUAAUGUCUUGAGUGGAUUAAUCCUUUUAACUGUUUUCAACUGCAAUAUAAUAAAAGCUUAAGAUCAAUUGUACAAGAUGACAGUGGUCUAUAUGGGACAUUUUGGCUUGAUGUAAGAUAAUAUAUUAUUUGAAAAAUAAUUGCAUAUUUGUAAUGUUAUCAGAAUGGACAGAAUACCCAUAAUAAAAUGCAUAACAAGAAAGCCUGAAGUGUGGAUGCUGGGGCCUGUACCAUGAAGCUGGAUUAGGUGGCUAGCCAGCUAUGUUUCAGCUUAGUUUCCACCAACCCUGGAUUUUAGGUACUAUGAAAGUAGCUCAGCUUUAAUCGGUGUUCGUUGCCAUGGUAUCUUACGCUGCACGGCUAACCUGCUCCGGGGCAGGUUAUGUUCUGGAUUCAAGAUCUCAGAAUGAAGGUGAACCAAUCAGAAGUAACUCCAGUUUAUCUUGCUCCAAAUUAAAGGUCACUUAUGCUUAAAAAAUUAA